UGUGCGUUGAUAUUUUAGUGACGUUUAGUAAUAUAAUAUAAAAAAAAUAAAAAAAUAUAGAUAUAAGUUUGCAAAAUAUUUAAUAAAAGGUGUUUUAUAUAUUUACUGGUUAUCUUUUUGGUCAAGGAUUUAUUACGUAAAUUAAUUAUUAUUUUUUUAUAUAAUAUCUUAAUAUUAUGAUAAAUUAUUUUUGAAUACGUACAAUUUGUAAUUGCUGACAUAUCGAUUAGUUAUAUUUAUUUAAAUUAAAUACAGUAUUGAAAUUUCGAGGAUUGAAAUAAAAAAUAAUGGCUAAAGAACAAGUUAAAGCGGGACAACAAUUCAAAUUGGUACCGAAAAUAAUAAAUGGAGGGAUUGCUGGUAUUAUUGGAGUGUCGGUUGUAUUUCCACUGGAUUUGGUUAAAACGAGAUUGCAAAAUCAAGUUAUUGGUCCUGAUGGGCAAAAAAUGUAUUCUUCUAUGCUGGAUUGCUUCAAAAAAACAUAUCAUGCUGAAGGAUACUUUGGAAUGUACAAAGGAUCAGGAGUUAAUAUCCUUCUUAUAACUCCUGAGAAAGCUAUCAAGUUGACUGCUAAUGACAUGUUCAGACACUACUUAUCAACAGGACCUGGAGAGCCGUUGCCAUUGGUACGUGAAAUGAUUGCUGGUGGAUCUGCUGGUGCUUGUCAAAUAAUAAUAACAACUCCAAUGGAAUUAUUAAAAAUUCAAAUGCAAGAUGCUGGCAGAGUUGCUGCUGCUGCAAAAAGCGAAGGAAAAACAGUACCAAAAGUAUCAGCUCUGUCAUUAACACAAGCUUUAUUAAAGAAAAAAGGUAUUCUAGGACUCUAUCAAGGAACAGGUGCUACCGCUUUGAGAGAUGUUACAUUUUCAGUUAUUUAUUUUCCACUUUUCGCUCGAUUAAAUAGUCUUGGACCUAAGCGCGAAGAUGGAUCAUCCGUAUUUUGGUGCUCAUUCUUGUCUGGCUGCGCUGCUGGUUCAACUGCAGCAUUAUUAGUUAAUCCAUUCGAUGUUAUAAAAACUCGAUUGCAAGCUAUCAAUAAAGCUCCUGGUGAACCAACUUACAAUGGAGUUUUAGAUUGCAUAGGAAAAACUUUAAAGAAUGAAGGUCCGACAGCAUUCUUCAAAGGCGGUGCUUGUAGGAUGAUUGUAAUAGCCCCACUGUUUGGUAUCGCGCAAACAGUUUAUUACCUCGGUGUUGCGGAACGUCUUCUUGGUCUAAAUUAGACAAUAAUUAUCAAUAUAAAUACUGCCAUACUUAAAUGUAUUCUGCCUGUUACUCAGUGAUUGACAAUAAUAGAUAUUAAAAUGUUCUUCAAGAGAACUACCUAAGACAAUAUAGUUAUAUUAGUCAAAUUUUAAUUAAUUAUUAUUGUGAUAACAUUUGUUAUCUUAAAUGUAUAUUUUUUUGUCGCUUGAUAUUUUUUUAUACAGUCAUUGGUAUAUUUUAUAUUUUUUAGAGAUCUUUUAACUAGUCAAUUCUUCUAUUUUUUUUUUUUUUUUUUUUUUUUUUUGUUAAUUAUUAUCAUUAUAUUGUGCUUUUUUUUAAAUAUUAAUUCAUGAUAUUAAAGAAUAAUUUUAUUAGCUAAUUUUUGAUCCAUAGAAUUUUAAAUUAUACUUUAGUAGCGCGCACAAUAUAAUAUAUAUUUUAUGCAAUGUAAAUUCUUGAAGCUUUAUUUGAAUAUUGAUCCAAUUAAAGUAUUGAAAGUUUAAUAAAUACUACUGUUAAGUACGCAUAUCUUCCGUCAAUAAAAAUAAUAGUAUUGCUUAUUGUUGCUGUUACAACGUAUUUUAAAUAAACCAUGUCAAUUGUAUUAAUAAUAUAUAAAUAUACAUUAUAUAACAGUUCCAACGAUAUUUAAUGACUGUCGCCAAUAAAUAAAAUUACAAUAAUAUUUUAUUGAUGUUAUACUCUACCAUGCGAAUUGUAAUUGUGAUUAUACAUGAUAAUAAAAGUACAGAACAAAAAA